GAACCAUUCCCAGCUAUUCCUCCUCGCCCGCUCCCUGUUUCUCCCUCUUUCUCUCCCUCACCUCCGUCUCCCCCCUUGUGUGCAAAGUCCUCCGCUGCUCGGAACUUGUUGGCAAUGCCUAUUUUUCAGCUUUCCCCCACGUUCUCCAAAGUAACUAUUUAAAGAUCUGCAGUCGCAAAUGGUUUUACUAAAUGUAGGAUGGGACUUAAGUUGAACGGCAGAUACAUUUCUCUGAUCCUCGCUGUACAGAUAGCCCACCUGGUGCAGGCGGUGAGAGCGGCGGGGCGGUGCGAUGCGGUCUUUCGGGGCUUCUCGGACUGUUUGCUGCGGCUGGGCGAUAACAUGGCCAACUACCCGCAGGACCUGGACGACAAGAGAAACCUGCAAACGAUCUGCGCGUACUGGGACGAUUUCCACGCCUGCACUCUCACAGCUCUCACGGAUUGCCAGGAAGGAGCGACAGACCUGUGGGAGAAACUGAGACGGGAAUCCAAAAACCUCGAUUUCCAGGGCAGCUUGUUCGAACUGUGCGGAGGCGGCAGCGGUGCAGCCCCGUCCCUGCUGCCGCCGGCGCUGCCCGUGCUGUUGGGGGCACUGGGGGCCGCUCUGGCCACCUGGGGGCUGCCCUUCUAGCGGGGCCCACGCCGCACCCGGAGAGGAGCGUCCGUCCGCGGCUUUGGGGACGUUGUGCUCGGCUGUGGUUGGUGACGGUGGCGGUGGCUGAUGGUGGCGGAACACCCGUGUAGGACUGUGGAAGCGUUCUCCCUUCUUUUUCUUUCUUUUCCCUCCCCACCCCCCUCUUUUAAUUUUUCCUUCCCGUGUUUUAUUUGCCAAACGUUACCAAACAGGCAGCGGCGUGAAGCCCGAACCGGACCUCAGCUUUACUAUCGCUUCAGAUCAAAAAUAGGAGAAAACAAUAUCUAGAGAGAUCGAGGAGCUCGAGCCCCCGGCGUGCACCAGAAAUCUCAGGAACGGCUCCGGGCCUCCACCCGACCCAGCGGUGGGGCCGAGGGGAUGUCCACGCACGCAGCAUCUGGUGAAUAACUCACAGCUUCAUCUGUCCUCCACGGUCGCUUGUUUUAUGGUCAUUCCACUGCAGAAACGAAAUAAUAAUAGUAAAUAAGAAAAAAAAGAAAAAGAAAA